AUGCUGGACAUGGCUCCCGAGUGCUCCCCAGCUGGACAUCGCGUCCUCCGCAGCCCAUACCGCAGCACCAGGUUUGACUCACUGGAGCUGCAGCGAACGUCUGCUCAGGACCUGGUUUGUGACCACUCAUUGCCACCAGCAUGGUACCGGUUCAUGAUCAACAACACGCCUGCGGAAAUGCCAACGAGAUGCAUUGAAAUGAACAAAUGUGGGACACAAGCUCCGGUGUGGCUGUCACUGAGGUCUGAAUCCCUGCCUGCUCCGGGUGAAAGCAAGCACCUGAUGGCCUGUGCUACCUGGCAGGUCUUUGGGGGCACCAAGGACUGCUGCUUGUUCCGGAUACCCAUCACUGUCAGGAACUGCAUCAAGUUCUUUGUUUAUCUCUUGCAGCCGACUCAAGGAUGCAUGGGCUACUGUGCAGAAGGUGAGGAUCAAUUAAACAUUCAUCAAAAAACUCCCGAGCCUGACUUUACAGCCAGUGAUAACUUCCGAGCUUGUAGGAGGUCGCGCCCACCUGAAAUGCACCUACAGCUCACCCAGCUGGGGGCUGAGCUACACGGUGCUCUGGUCACGUCUGGUCACCCCGGGCAAACAGGAGCAGAUCCAUCAGGACACCACCCUGCAGACAUGUUCCUACCUGGAGAUAAGCAGCAGGCAUCUCCAGCUGGGAGACACAGUAAUGCAGCAACGCGUGGUCCGGCACUCUGCGGGGUCAAAUCCGAUCUGAAAGCUCCUCUGGGUGUCUUCUGCACUGUGACUGCAUUUGCGAGGGACGCUUCUGAGCAGCGGUCAUUGCCUGAGCAGAGCAAAGGUUUCUACACUGGGAUUAAGGGAAUGGGAAUCCUCAUUUCUGCCUGGGCAGAAGUAUUGCUUCUGCUCCUGCCCCAGGAGAACAGACAUGCAGGAACCAUUCAGCCCGAGCUUCUCUCCCUGAAGCUGCAAUACAUUAUGUAUGGAGAAAUCCUUCUUCCUGCCGUAGCAGAGAAGAGGAAUUGGUUUUUACCAGAAUCGUUACAAAUUGCAGAAGAUGGCAAGGAGCACGUUUUGACCAUCCUGAGCACUGUGCCCAUUACCUGUUCUGGGCACAACGAUUCCUGUAAAAUCACAUUACGCCUCAGUACUGAGGAUCUGGACAGCCAAUUACUGGGGCCCCCAAACAUUGUCCUCUCAGCGUGCCAGGUGGAUCUGGUUCCGGCACCCUGCUCACAAGGCAGCUGUGCAGCAGCUGUACUAACAGUGACAGCCAUCACCGACUUCGCUCAGGAUGGGAACCGCGUCAGCCACAUCAGAGCUGAGCCAGUUGGACACAGAGAUGUGCUUUGGAGGGCUCACGCCUCGAAGGAUGUAAAGGUCACAGUUCAGGACCUCCCAACAGGGAACUGCUACUCUUUCACUGAUCCACACAUUAUCACGUUUGAUGGAUGGCAUUACGAUAACUACAAAAUUGGCACCUUCCUUUUGUGCCAGAGCACGUCGCGGGCAUUCGAAGUGCACGUCCGUCAGUGGGAUUGUGGGGGACGCCACUCUGCCACUGCCUGCAACUGUGGGGUGGCUGCAUGGGAAGGGAGCGACGUCGUCCGCCUGGAUGCCUGCAAUGGGCACUUUCGGGACAGCAGGCCGCGGGUCAACAUCCAAAGUACUGAGGCAUCACCACAGGUCAAAAUCCUAACGUCCUAUGGAGGGAGAAAGAUAACAAUCCUAUUCCCGUCAGGAGCGUUCGUUCGAGCCGAUGUGAGCGAGUGGGGAAUGGGCUUGACAGUGAGGACACCAAGCAGUGACUUCAACAGCACCAGAGGUUUGUGUGGCCUCUUUGAUGGGAUCGGUCACAACGACUUGAACAGUGUGCCUGAGGAAGACUUCAUAGAGGAGUGGAGAAUACCUCCAGGGAAGAGUUUAUUUGACAAAACUCCAGCAUCUUCAGAAGGGAAGCGGAGGAAAAAUUACUGCAGGUGCCAGAAGGAGAGCACAAAGUCCAUGCCCUUGGUAAAGACGCUGAAUGCCUUUCAGAUGCAAUCUGGUUGUCAUUAUGAUAAUGUGGAUUACACUUUCGCAAUCCCAUAUCUGGAUGUUACAUCAGACUUUGUCACUCGCUCAGACAAAGAGUUUGCUUCAAGAGAUGAUGGGGAACGGUCGCCCAAGUCUUUUGAUCAAAGAUCUCUGCCUAAAUCAGUCAAAAAGCGAGGUAGCCGCGGGGAGCGAUUAAAACCCUUCUCACAUCGUGCUUCCAUGAAAAACAACAGUUCCCUUAACUUUACCAAGCCAACAGAAGAACUACAAAGACCAAAAAGACAAGAAAACUACUUUGAAUACUCAGCCCCUCACUCACUGCAUAGCCCAAGCCAGACAGACACGGAAAGCUUUGCCUAUUUUUUCCCAGAGGAUUAUUUUGAAGGGCUUCGGAUAAAACUCCCACUGGGAUGGCCCACUCCCAGCGGCCUAACCUCUGCCAAAGCUCAGGAGAUUUGCCACCGAAUUCUUGCAAAUUCCACCAUUGGCUUAGCGUGUAAGGCUCUCCUGGGAAAACUGAUAGAUGAGGCCAUCAAUAUAUGCAUGUUAGAUCUGCAGCUCAAGGAUGAUGUGGCCUGGGUAAGGGCACUGAUAGCGCUUUUGGAAAAUGAGUGUGAAAGACGAGUGCUAAGGAACAGAGGUAAAGUGUUUCAUGUUGGAAGCCAGCCAACUGCUACCCAGGAGGAAAUCCUUACCAUUCUCCGCUGUCCUGCUUUCUGUAAUGGCAAUGGACAAUGUACAGACCUGGGCUGCCAAUGCUUUGAAGACCACAGCUCCUAUGAUUGUAGCACUGCCAAAAAGCAAGCUCUGGAAAUCACAAGCUUGGAGAACAGGGGCCUAUGUGACAUUCGCACCUCUGACUGCAGUCGUGUCCGAGUGUUUGGCGUUGGCUUCAAGGAUUCUCCCCAUCUGCACUGUGAAGUCACCAGAUUAAUUCAUCUCAACGGCGAAUGGAUAUCAAGAGAGCAAGAAACCACACAAGCAGAUUUUCUCAGCUCUAAGGCUGUUGACUGCCAGAUUCCUCUCCUGAACAUUACAGAGACGGAGGCUGUGCACUUUGUAGCUGGCGAUGAGCCGUUCGCAAGAUGGCAAGUGAAAAUCACUGAUGAUGGCUUCCAGUACAGUAAUUCCAGAGUGCUGACCCUGUACGACGCAGUCUGCCAGGCCUGCGAAUCCCAUCCAACUGGACUUUGUAAAUUAAAGGACAAUACUUGUAAUAUAGAUGGACUUUGCUAUGGGGAAGGAGAGUCAAGCCCUGCCAGUCCUUGUCUUCUCUGUGAACCUGAUAUUUCUAAGUUCACCUGGUCUAUUAAUGAAAACAACCUGCCUCCUGUGUUCCAGGCCCCCUCCAGCCAGCUGCUGACAUUUAUUGGUGAGAAUUUUGUUUACCAGUUAACAGCGGUGGAUCCGGAAGGGUCAGCUGUGCUAUUCAUCUUAGAGGAUGGGCCACAGGAUGCCAGGCUCUCUCCUGCUGGCCUUCUUAUCUGGAAAGUUGAUUCAGAAGAAAUGCAGACCUUUGAAUUCACUGUGUCGGAUGAAUGCAAUGCGCAGAGCAGAUACGCUGUUGAGGUUCGAGUGAAGCCCUGCAGCUGUCUCAAUGGCGGAACGUGUGUUACCAAUAUUAAAUUCCCUCCGGGCCUUGGUGAAUAUCUGUGUUUAUGUCCAAAUGGAUUUGACGGAGGGUUUUGCCAGGAAGAUGUUAAUGAGUGCAAAUCAAAUCCGUGCAAAAGCGGAACUUGUGUGGAUGGUGUGGACAGCUAUGCUUGUCAAUGUCCCCCUGGUUUAGGAGGGCUUACUUGUCAGGAAGACAAGAAUGAAUGUGAAGAAGGUCUGUGUUUUCCUGGAGUGUCCUGCAUGAACACCUUUGGAUCAUACGUAUGUGGAAUUUGUCCAAGUGGGAUGGAGGGAAAUGCUGUGCUUGCUGCUGACUUUACAAAAGCUUUAAUCAUUGACAACAACAAUGGCAAAGGUGAUUUGAACAAAACUGAGGUUGAGUGGCCACUGCAACCCUUAGAGGCAAAGAAUUCUCCUGUAAUUAAGAAUUUUAACAUAAGCAAUAAUCGUGGCCACGCAGCACAUCAGCCCCAUGUUACCACCUGUGCCAACAGGCCAUGCUUUCCUGGAGUGCUGUGUUUCAAUAGGAAACCCCCUUACAUUGGCUAUGUCUGUGGCCGAUGUCCAACAGGGUUUUUUGGAAAUGGCAGAACCUGCAGCAAAGCCUCCAGACCAGUUUCAAGAUCUUCCCAAAGCCAUACAGAUGUUGCUGAAAGUGAAGAUGCCAGAGGCUCUCAUCAGGAAGGCAAGACAUCAAGAAACAUUUAUUCCCUUCUUUCCCAAACCCAAAUUCCAAGGCAAGAACCUAUGUACUCUGUGGAAAGAAACCACACAGUCAUUAAUAGAGCAUCCUUUACAACGAAAAGGAAGAUUUCCCAGCCUCAGACGCUGUCAGCACAAAUACCUGAUAUGGAGUCCACUGUAUCUGAAAAACAGACUUUUACUGAAGAAAGAAGUCAUAUACACACCUUCCUUCUCCAUGAGGAGCCAGAUCCCAAAACAGCAGCUGUCAAUGUGACUACUCCUACCCCUGUGCAUUUUAAACAAUACAAGCCAGGAACAAGACGGACCAUUCCUUCUCAUCUCAACACAAAUGCAAGCUCAUUCUUCGCACGACUGCAUGCUGUUCAGCAAGCUCGUUCCAGACACAGCUUAUCUCCCAGGAAAUGGCCCAGUCAAGUUACAGGCUCAAAGACUGAACUCUCCAAAAAUCUUCCAACACAGCAGCAGAGAGCGGCUUCUUUAGAAACAACCCUCACAUCCCCUUUGCAUGAAAUAGGUUUUUCCCUUGACACAGCUUCACAGAGAGCCAGCCUCCUGCCUGGACCUGCUCCCCCAGCAAGGCUUCCAGCACAUACCACAGCCUUCAGAAAGGCAUCCAGUGUAGCAAUGGACCAUGUGGAACUGCCAAAACCUGUCAGUGGCUUCCAUCAGAAAGCUCUCUGUGGUUCAACACCAUGCUUUAGUGGUGUGCAGUGUGAGCUAGCCAAAGAUGGAGAAUUUAAAUGUGGGUCUUGUCCCAGUGGAUACAGCGGUAAUGGAAUUACAUGUGAAGUGCAGUGUGACCCACCGUGUGAGCACGGAGGAACUUGUGUAGCUCAGAACACUUGUUCUUGUGCCUAUGGAUUUGUUGGUCCUCGAUGUGAAACAAUGGUGUGUAACAGGCACUGCCAUAACGGCGGGGUCUGUGUGUCGCCAGACGAGUGCAAAUGCAGAAGUGGAUGGAGCAGCCCUUCCUGUGAAAUAGCUGUGUGCAACCCUGUAUGCUUAAAUGGAGGAAUCUGCGUGCGACCAAAUACUUGCACAUGUCCUUACGGUUUCUAUGGGCCCCAGUGCCAGAGAGCUGUCUGCAUUCCUCCUUGUAAGAAUGGUGGCCACUGUGUUCGAACCAACGUGUGCUCCUGUACUGAGGGCUACACUGGAAGAAGAUGUCAGAAAAGUGUCUGUGAUCCUGUGUGCAUGAAUGGAGGGAAAUGUGUAAGCCCAAAUAUCUGUGACUGCCCAUCUGGUUGGAGAGGAAAGCACUGUAAUAAACCUGUUUGCCUGCAGAAAUGCCUGAAUGGUGGAGAAUGUAUAGGUCCAAACAUCUGCGAGUGCCCUGAAGGAUGGGUGGGAAUGCUGUGCCAGACCCCAAUUUGUGAGCAAAAAUGUCUGUUUGGAAGCAGAUGCAUAAAACCAAAUGUAUGUGCUUGCAGAAGUGGCUAUACUGGGUCAGCAUGUGGAAAGAAGCUCUCCCUUAGGUAUGCUCGAGUCAGGAUUUCAAGCACUCUUCAUCACAGCGCUAUUCACACGUUCACUUUUUACAUGAAAGCUGAGAUUGGGUACAAACUGGACCAGCACCUGGAAUGCUGUGAUAAUGCGUGCUGGCCCAAAAUGGACCCCAGAAAUCUUGGGCACAGAAUGUGA